AUGGAUCAUGCUACAUAUCCGACUCUUCUGUUUUAUCACGGUCUUGAAGAGAUGGUAUCAAAAAGGGGUUUAUUCGUCGUACUGGAGGGCCUUGAUCGAGUGGGCAAGUCGACACAGGCAAAGAUGUUAGCGGGGGCUCUCAGCGAUAUCUACGGUGCGAAGACUUACCUCCUUUGCUUUCCCGAUCGCUCCACCGCCAUCGGGCAGUGUCUGAGUAACUACCUCUCCGGUAAAGUCGACAUCAAUCCGCAUGCCGUUCACCUCCUCUUUACUGCUAACAGGUGGGAAAAGGCAUCAGAUAUCCGGACCGCUCUUGCAGAGGGUCGCUGCGUCGUGCUAGACCGCUACAGCUACUCGGGUAUUGUCUACACCGCCUCGAAGGAGCACCCCGACUCUCCUACCUGGGAGUGGUGUCUACGUAGCGAGGAGGACCUCCCCCAGCCUGACGUCGUGGUAUGCUUUGUCCCCUCCAGUGUGGACAGUCUGGAGGAUCGGGGUGACUAUGGCAAAGAACGCUUCGAAAAUGCGUCCUUCCAGACCCGCGUGCUGGCUAACUUCCGUAGAUUGGCAAAGGAUUUUGAGGAGAAGCGCCGGAGAGGGGAAACAGCACCUUCCUGGCGGUGGAUCAAUGUGGGAAACUCGGACAUCCUUGAAGUGCAUAAAAUGGUGCUUCAAGCCGUCCUGGAACACACUCCAGAUAAGGUGUAA